AUGCAGGUAGUGAAGGAGUCAUCAAGCAUCCCAAUGGACAAACCCGGAGAAUCCCAUUCCCUAGGAUUGAGAAUGGAGUCAAUCUAUGAGAAGGUGCGCCUCUUGGCAUCAGGCAAUGCGGUGGUCAUCUUCACCAUGAGUGGCUGCUGCAUGUGUCAUGUUGUUAAGCAACUGCUCUUUGGCUUAGGCGUAGCCCCGACAAUCGUGGAGCUCGACCACGACGCUGCUGGCCGUGAAAUCCAUUCCCUUCUCUUGCAGCUCUCUGGCAAAACUCAGCAACAACCUGUUCCUGCAGUCUUUGUGGGGGGCAAGUUCUUGGGUGGCAUUGAAACAGUCAUGGCUUGCCAUAUUAAUGGCAGUCUGGUUCCUCUCCUUAAGGAUGCCGGAGCGCUUUGGCUCUGA